GUGUAGUUUUUCAUUAAAGCGAAGUACAUAUCAGUAAUGCGGUGCAACUUAACUUUAAUUUAAAUAUGUGAAAAUAAAACAUUUUAUAACAGAAAUUCAAGGUGCAUAGAAUAUGGGCCUAAACGCAGCUGUACAAGCUUUAAAGAAAGCAGAGCCUUUGAAAGACAAAGUACAACGUUGCAGAGAUCUUUUAAAUGAUAGUGAUGCAUGGGUAUGCCAGCAACAGCUACAGAAGAUAUAUCAACAAGUUCUGAUAUUAGAUUUGGAAUAUGCUCUGGAUAGGAAAGUUGAACAAGAACUUUGGAACCUUGGAUUUAAAAAUUAUAUAGCAACUUUGCAAUCUCAAGCGAAAGAUCGGAAAAAUCCAAAACGUGGCGAAUCUCAAGCUUUACUCAGUUGGUGUUUAGAAGCUGCUAGUGGUUUUUAUUUGACAUUACUGCAAGAAAUUUGUACUGCAUUUGAUUUAGAUUUACCAUUUAGAAGAUGCCCUACCCGUUUUAGGAAAGGUUACAUUUAUGGAUGUACAUCGCCAUGGAAAGCUAUUGAAAAGUUAUCAGUGCCUCAUAAAUCUUCAUGUUUUUAUGCAUGCCAGUAUUGUCUUGUGCAUUUAGGAGACAUUGCUCGUUAUAGAAACGAGAGUAAACAGGCGGAAUUGUUCUACAGGCAUGCAGUAUCAUUAUCACCAUCCAGUGGACAACCAUACAAUCAGUUAGCCCUUCUUGAAGCAUCACGUGGUAACAAAUUAGGAACUGUGUUUCAUUACACUCGCUCUGUCGCUGUAAAACAUCCUUUUCCUGUUGCCACAACGAAUUUGGCAAAAACAUUAUCUUCCGCUUUAAAUGAUACGUCGUUUAAUAUAGAUGGGAAAACGAAAUUAACUUCUCAAGAGUAUAUAGCAGUUUUUUUAAAGCUUCAUGGCGUUAUUCAUAAUCUUGGCGAUUUGAAGAUUGCUUCUACAUAUGCAAAGCUAUUAACUGAAACAUUAACAGCCUUGGUUGCAACAGAAAGUUUUAGCUCUUGGAUGCUUGUUCAAAUGUUUGUAAUUAAUUUAUAUGCCUUGGAACAUACAACGAGUGUUAUUAUGGGUAAUACUGAACCAUUAAAACAAGAACAAUUAACAUCUGAGGAAAAAGUUGCUCGUGAUUGUAUUUUGGAUCUCAUAGCUGGAAGCCUAUCUGCUUUAUUGUUACCUGUCUAUACAAUCAAAAAUUCUAUUAUUGAGUAUUUUGCUUUGCCUUCUAUAAAACUGUGCCUUGACUGGAUUCAUACGAAACCCACAGUUUUGGAAGAACUAGCUUUUACAUCGAGACUUCAAAUUUGGCCCAGCUUAUGCGUACUGUUGAACGCCUUGCAAAAUUGCGUGGUCGAUUUUGCGUAUGAUCAAUAUAUUAAAGUACCACUGCCAGAGGAUCGUGAUCUACAAGGAUUUUUACCAUUGGAGAAAAGUUUUGAAUGUUUAAAAUUUACGAGUACCGAUUUAGAAGAUAAUAUCGAAGCUUCCAAUAAAUUACGCGCAGUGCGUAUUCUCCGUUUAGGUCAUUUCUUAGCGCAAUACAGAAUCAAUGGAACUGCAUUAAUUGCUAUUACAUUAGGGGACGAAAAAGGUGAUAACCUGUUCACGUCUAUAAGUGAAGGAAAUGGAUUGAGUAAUGAAUUGAUGAAAGAAUUGGAAGAACUCAGUUUAAAUAGAGGAAGACAGUCCGCUGUGUCAACUAGUCCAGUCCUUUCAGAGUCUGCUAGUAGUAAAGGUUCCACAGAUGUUGAUAUUUUAGAACAUGCUUUAGACAAAAGAAUAGGUAUAUUAAAACCUCAAGGUUCAUUGGAACGAAGUAAAGAUACAGCUUCGAUUACUAUGGAAUCUAGUACUUUUGAAACUAAUGCACAGCCUACAACUAGAAAACCGAGGCAAAAUAUAGCAAUGCAAACUAUAAUGCGCCGUGCGGAAACUGAACAAAAGCAAGUUACGUUUAAGAAUGUAUCUCCAUUAAGUAUAGAAGAGGAAAAUGAGAAAAAGGCUAAAAUGGGUGGAACGUCGGUGAGUCCAACAAAAGGUAUCACUCCAAAUGGAAAUAAAAAUAUACCAAUUGUCGGAGAAAUAUCAAAGUUGAACAAUGUUUCAAACCCCACUACAGGUACAUCGAUCACCGUUCAAAAUCGAUUGCCGUUGAUGCCUUCUGCUACAACUACUGUGCAAAGUCAAAUCGUUCCUGCUCAAAAUCACGUGAAAACCGUGAAAUUACAACAUACUGUUUCACAGUCCUCUCAAAUUAACCAUCUACCAGCAAAAGAACAGCAAACGACUGGAAUUUUAACCCCAAUGUCUGGAAUAUCUCAAUAUGUAGGAACUAUUUGUUACCAAAAUUCAACGUUUAAUGUACAAAAUCCACAAUUUACGAAAAAUUACGUUACAAAUCAUGUCGGAAACCUAUCAAAUUAUCCGAUUCAAGGACAUUUUACAAAUUCAACGCAACAAUCCAUACAAUCCCAGAGUAUAAAUUUACAACAUACAACCAAUCAAAGUAGGUCUAUGCAUCAGAGAACGCAGACUCAUAACAUACCUCAGAAUACAUUAUUACAUCAAAAUCUUGGAAUUUUGACUUCAGCUCAGCCAAAUAACGUUAUACCAAAUGCUUCACAAAAUAUUAACUCGCAACCAACUGGAAAUGUUGGUCUCCCGCAAAAUCGUAGUUUGAAUAUUCAACAAAACCAUAGUUUGGCUGUGCAACAACAAAAUGUUAUGAAAACUAAUGUUAGACCAAGUACAAUAUCUUUGCAUAAUCAAGGUACUUUAACUAGCUCAACCAUUGCAAAUGUUUCUACUUUGUCAACAUUAAAUACAUAUCAAAAAAAACUUCAUCAAGUUACGCCUGUGGUACCAAAUGUAUCAAAUGUGCCAUGUAAUUCGCUAAAUCCGACAACUACACCAAAUUUUCAGUUUAAUUUUAAUCAGAAUGAUUUUAAUCAAAAUACUUUUGGUCAAAUACCACAGAAACAAGUAUCAUCAUCUGUUUAUAAUAAGAAUUUGGAUGUUUUGGAAUUUUCAUUACCCAAUCAUGUACGAAUGUCAAAAAGUCAGUCUCAGUCCACAACUAAUUAUCCACUUUUUCAAAACUAUGAAACCACAAAUUUUAAUUUGUGGAAAGACACUCAACAUUCACAGCUGUCUGUACCUUGUUGGGGUUCAGCUAGUAGAGCCAUGAAAUUGCAUAAUGAAGAUAAUUCUGUUAUGGAAAACUAUCAUAAUUGGGAAGAUUCUUCUAAUUCUGGAAACAUAAUAUCACAAAUUCCAUUGCGAACAGCAAAUAGUUAUCCAUCAGAUUCUCAACACACCAAGCAUUUUGGUGUCGGAAUUUGCGACAGUUCUAGACCUGUAGAGGUAGAUAUGAAAUCAAAUCAAUCAAUUAGCACAGGAAACACUUACUCUCUGUUUAGUAGCAAUAAUACUUGGGGAUCUAAUACACAAAGCUGUAACAUGUCUACUCAAGAUCAAACAAAAACUCGGCUUAAUCAACAAUCUUUAUGGUUUGGACCUGGACCAUCUCCCUUGGAGCGCCUUUUAGAACAACAAAAGUCAUUACGCGAAGGAGGUACCUGAAGGAAAGCAGUAUAAGAUUAUGUCGAAGUAUGUUGAAAAGAAAUAUAUCCAUCUUAUGGAUUCAACUAUAACCAAGGGGAUCUAGCAAAACGUACCAUAAUA